AUGGCCACUUCUACUACUCAAACAGACGAGCAUGUGUCCUUGAAGCUUGUGUUGAAUGAAAAGGGUAACAAAGUGUUGUUUGCUGAAGCUGGUAAGGACUUUGUAGACAUUCUUUGUAGCUUCUUAACAAUGCCUUUAGGAACUAUUGCUAGACUUGUAGUCGUAGAGAAGAAAUCUAGCAUAGGGCCAGUUACUGUUGGUUGUCUUAAUUCACUCUAUCAAAGUGUGGCUGAUCUUGAUGAAAGUUGUUUCUGCAAUGACACGGUCAAACAAAUGCUGCUGCAGCCAAGUAACCCUUCUGAAGAAUAUUGCAAAACUCUUAAACUCAACAUUGAUGACACUCAGCCAACCAAAUACUUUGCAUGCGACAACAAUUGCUGCAGCUACAAUGAUCUGACGACGUCACCAUACAAAGAUAAACAUAAAUGUCGCUGUGGCUGUGAAUUUGCCUCAUUAGUUUUCGUUAAUCAUUCCCGCCAAGGAUUUGUUAAUGGAGGUGUUACUUUCGUCAUAACGGACGAUCUCAAAGUAAUUCCCAACGGCAUUGACUAUACAAGCCUUAGUAUGCUGCAGGAACAAGGCAUAAAAAAUCCUAGUUUGUUAAAAGAAGUAGUUCUCAAUGUCACCAAAGAGAAGGUACUUGAUUUGUUAAAGCAUUCUUUGCUUUCCACCUCAACUUUGACAAAUUUGUUUUUUGGAAAGAAACCAUCCCUAGAGAACUCAAUAGUUUGCUUGCCUGAUUGUGAAAGUAGCAGUGAAAUCGGAAUCACUAUGAAGCUAGUUAUAAAAAAAUCGGAUGGAAAAUUACUGUAUGCUCAAGUGGAACAAGAUUUUGCAGAUAAGCUUUUGAGCAUUCUUACUAUUCCUUUGGGGGUUGUUGCCCAAAUAUUUAGAGGGAUUUGCUCCUUAGGCAGCAUCAACAGAUUGUACAAGAGUAUAUCUGAUUUGAAUAAAAACAAAUAUUUUAUGUCAAAAGAAGCAAAGAAGAUUCUUGUUGAUGUUUUUUAUGAUGACGAUAAACUCAUUCAGUUUUUCUAA